AUGCGCAUGGGGAAGGGCAUGCUGUUGAGGAAGGCCCGGCCUCCUCUUUGCCCUGCCACUCGCGACGAGAUCGCCGACCUGCGUGCUGCCGGCGACUGGGCCAAGCUGGACCAGCUUCUCACCACCCGGGUGUCCUUCGGCACGGCCGGGCUCCGGGCGUCCGUCGGCGCUGGCUUCUCGCGCCUCAACGACCUGGUCAUCAUCCAGACCACCCAGGGCUACCUGCGCUACCUGUCCAAGAUCCAUGGGCCGCAGAUUCUCCGCGACAUGGGUGUCGUCAUUGGCCACGACCACCGCCAUGGGUCGCUGUCGUUCGCCCACCUGUCGGCCGGUGUCUUCCUCCGCGAGAACAUCCCGGUCCACCUCUUCCGCACCGUUGUUCACACGCCGAUGGUGCCCUUCGCCGUGCGCCACCUCGGCGCCGCGGCCGGCAUCAUGAUCACCGCCUCGCACAACCCGAAGCAGGACAACGGCUACAAGGUGUACUCCAGCAUCGGCACCCAGAUCGUCGCCCCGGCCGAUGAGAAGAUCACCGAGUUCAUCCUGUCCGACCUGCGUCCCCGGCACUGGGACUCGGACAUUUGGCGCACGUCGCUCCUGUGCCACGACCCGGGCCACCUGAUCGACGCGUACAUGGACAACUUGGUGCGCUGCUCGCACCUGCGCCGGCGCGGCUCGCUCGAGCUGCCGUACGAGCCGAUGCCCACGUCCGAGGCUCGGAUCGUGUACACCGCCCUGCAUGGCGUCGGCCAGCGCUACCUGGACAUGGCCUUUGAGCGGACCCUCCUGCCGGCGGUCAUUUCCGUGGCCGAGCAGGCCCAGCCGAACCCGGACUUCCCCACCGUGCAGUACCCCAACCCCGAGGAGGGCAAGGGCACCCUGCAGAUGGCCAUCGACCUGGCCAACUCCACCGGGGCCGAUGUCAUCCUGGCCAAUGACCCGGACGCCGAUCGCCUGGGCGUGGCGGUCCGCCUGCCGGCCGGGCCGGAGAAUGCGGCCGUCGCUGCGGCGGUUGCCGCGGCCGGCGACGCUCCGGCCGCCCCCGGCGCCUGGCGCCUGCUCACCGGCAAUGAGAUCGGCCUCCUGCUGGCGGCUCAUCUGUACGCCACGCGCACCUUCCACCAGGAGCCGGUGGCCAUGCUGACGACAGCCGUGUCUUCGGGCAUCCUGCACAAGGUUGCCCUGCAUCAUGGGUUCCUGUCAGAGACCACUCUCACCGGCUUCAAGUGGCUCGGCAACCGCACCAUCGAGCUCAAGGCCAGCGGCUACCAUGUGCUCUUCGCCUAUGAGGAGGCCAUCGGCUACAUGGUGGACGCCAAUCUCCCGGAGAAGGACGGCAUCAGCGCGGCGGUUGUCUUUGCCGAGCUGGUGCACCAGCUCUACGCCUCUGGCAAGACCCUCCUGUCGGAGCUCCGCCGCCUGGAGUCCCUCUACGGUGUGGUGGUCAACCGCAACAGCUACCUCUUCAGCCCCUCUCCGGCCACCACCAAGAGCAUUUUCGAGGAGAUCCGCCGCCUCGGCGACUACGUCACCACCGAGUCCGACCUGGAGGAGGCGUUCAAUGUGGCCCCCUCGGCCAAGCGCGCCCGCCGGAGCGCCCCCUUCGACACGGUCUUCGAGGGUACGCCCUUCCGCGUGGCCUCGGUCCGUGAUGUGUCCCUCGGGGUGGACACCGCCGAGGCGGGCAACCAGUCGCGCCUGCCGCUGGACCAUUCGGCCAUGAUGAUCACCCUGCGCUUUGCCGAGCCGGCCGGCGCCGUGGUCACUCUCCGGGCCUCCGGCACCGAGCCCAAGCUCAAGUACUACUCGGAGAUCUCCUCCUCGGCGUCCGUGGCGCCGGAGCAGGUGGACAUCGAGCGGCGCACUCUCAAGGACACCCUCGACAACCUGGUGGACACCAUCGUCGAGAAGAUCCUCCAGCCCCAGCGCUACCAGCUCCGCCACCCGGCGCACUAG